UGUUAGACCACGGUCCCCGGCUACACCGUGUUAGACCAUCACGGUCCCAGGCUACACCGUGUUAGACCACGGUCCCCGGCUACACCGUGUUAGACCACGGUCCCCGGCUACACCGUGUUAGACCAUCACGGUCCCCGGCUACACCGUGUUAGACCAUCACGGUCCCAGGCUACGCCGUGUUAGACCAUCACGGUCCCCGGCUACACCGUGUUAGACCAUCACGGUCCCCGGCUACACCGUGUUAGACCAUCACGGUCCCAGGCUACACCGUGUUAGACCAUCACGGUCCCAGGCUACACCGUGUUAGACCAUCACGGUCCCCGGCUACACCGUGUUAGACCAUCACGGUCCCCGGCUACACCGUGUUAGACCAUCACGGUCCCAGGCUACACCGUGUUAGACCAUCACGGUCCCAGGCUACGCCGUGUUAGACCAUCAGGGUCCCAGGCUACACCGUGUUAGACUAUCACGGUCCCAGGCUACGCCGUGUUAGACCAUCACGGUCCCCGGCUACACCGUGUUAGACCAUCACGGUCCCAGGCUACACCGUGUUAGACCAUCACGGUCCCAGGCUACACCGUGUUAGACCAUCACGGUCCCAGGCUACGCCGUGUUAGACCAUCACGGUCCCAGGCUACACCGUCUUAGACCAUCACGAUCCCAGGCUACACCGUGUUAUACCAUCACGGUCCCAGGCUACACCGUGUUAGACCAUCACGGUCCCAGGCUACACCGUGUUAGACCAUCACGGUCCCCGGCUACACCGUGUUAGACCAUCACGGUCCCAGGCUACACCGUGUUAGACCAUCACGGUCCCAGGCUACGCCGUGUUAGACCAUCAGGGUCCCAGGCUACACCGUGUUAGACCAUCACGGUCCCAGGCUACGCCGUGUUAGACCAUCACGGUCCCCGGCUACACCGUGUUAGACCAUCACGGUCCCAGGCUACACCGUGUUAGACCAUCACGGUCCCAGGCUACACCGUGUUAGACCAUCACGGUCCCAGGCUACGCCGUGUUAGACCAUCACGGUCCCAGGCUACACCGUCUUAGACCAUCACGGUCCCAGGCUACACCGUGUUAGACCAUCACGGUCCCAGGCUACACCGUGUUAGACCAUCACGGUCCCAGGCUACACCGUGUUAGACCAUCACGGUCCCAGGCUACACCGUGUUAGACCAACAAGAAUCCAGGUUUAACCCCUGUUAGACCAAGAGUAGCACAUGUUACAGUGAUGUGUAUCCAGGUUAAGACUGUUGAUUUAAAAAGGUUCCAGUUUAAACUGCUUACACAUUUUUACAAUAGACAUGAGGAAAGUUACAUCGUUUUGAAGUUACACGGGUCGAGUUAAUCUUUUUAAAGUACUGUACGUUCAGUUCCAAGCUUCUCCAUUUAAAAACAUGUUAUGGUUCAAAGUUAAACAAUUUUAAACGCAAAAGCACCAGAUUAAAUAGGGCUCCAGACUAAACGAGGUUAACAGGCUAAAUCGUGUUAGACCAACAUAACCUGAGGUAGCCUGGUGCCUCAGAUGUCAGGGCACUAAGCCUUCCCCUCUGAUUUAAACCUGGAUCUCAAGUGUUUAACAUUUAGAGUGAUGUGUUUUUGUUUUGCAAUGAUUGUGAUAAAAAAACAUCUCUUAAUCUGAAAAAAUCCAGCACUGAAAAUAAAAAAAUAUGGAGGUUGUCUGUUAUGCAACGAAUAUUGUUCCAUUGUAGGAUGGAUGGGAAAAUUAUGUGUAGACCAGAGGUCACUUUAAUUAAUUUCUGAAGUAGGUCUGUGAUAUCUCCUUUCGCGGGCCAUUCUCUAGAUUCGACUGGAUGUGUUGUUUCUUUAACCAUACGGUUCUAGAUCACGAAUUCCCUUCUAGUUACUAUGGUUCUCGAUUACAAUUAUAUUACCCAAGAUUACCAUUUAUGAUUAUUUUUAGUUGUAUUUCACAUCGAACGAGGACCCAUAUCUUAAAAAGAUUAUCCUUGCCUAUGACAUCUGUCAGUUCAACAGAAUUGAUUCAAGCGAGCCUGAAUCUGCUGAUGCGACGCCGUAUAUCAAAACCCGUCCAGAGUUUGCUUGCAUUAUAUCAAUGCUGCUCAAAUUAUUCACUCAUAGAAGGCUCUAGCGCCAUUGGGUUAUGUAAAAAAAAAAUUUUUUUGUAUACAGAGAGACAGCUUUUGAAGGAGAUGUAUUUUCUGACUACGUUACCUUAAACUGCUUUAAACUCGCGCGCUUCUAUAAUAUUACACUGUGUUUAUGUAAUAUAUUUCCAAUUCAUAUGUCACAAUGGGUAAAAUACACUGAUUAAACCGUUUAUCAUUUAAGCGCAUUGGCAUGUUCACAAAGCAAAUUGAACAACAACUGAAAAGUACUGAAAGAAGCAUGGAGAUGUGCAUUCUGGGAAUUACACUGAGAGACAGAAAGAGCAACAGACGGACCACAGAACAAACGCAAGUUAAAGACAUCACAUUGACUUCAAAAACAUGGCCUUGGGGGGGGGGGGGGGGGGUGCACCUCUAGACGGGAUGAUUGCCACUGGUCGAGACAAACAACGUCGUGGCAGCCAAAGGAGAGAACACACCUGAGACUACGUCCAGUACAGAGAUGGAGCAAUGAACUAUACAUAUGUGGAGGAGCUAGAAGGAUUGCUGAAUCGUGAUACUGAUAAGAUGGUGAUGGCGAGGGGAAGCCUUCAUUCAACGAUGGAGAUCUCAAGCCUUAUGGUGGUGAAACUCCGUUUAAAUGUGGGUCCAGUUGAAACCGUUUUCAUUUAUCUCAAUGUUAACCCCACGGCGGCGCAGGAGGAGAUAGCGCCGCUGAUGUUGAACACACGGGCCCUGCUGCUGCUGAGGCCGCUCAGGGCGGGGCCGAGGUCAAGGUUAAGGUCGGGUCACGGUGUCAGCACGAGGAGCUACAGUGAUGAAGCCAAGGUCCCGGAUCUGUCUCUGUUCCCCAUGGAGAGGAUCCGGAACUUCAGCAUUGUGGCGCACGUUGAUCAUGGCAAGAGCACGCUUGCCGACCGGCUCCUCGAGAUCACGGGAGCCAUCCAGCCGAGCUCAGGGAACAAGCAGGUGCUGGACACGCUUCAGGUGGAGCGGGAGAGAGGCAUCACGGUCAAGGCUCAGACGGCCACGCUGUUCCACUCGCAUGCGCACACGCGCCACGCGUACAUGCUCAACCUCAUAGACACACCGGGCCACGUGGAUUUCAACUAUGAGGUGUCGCGGUCGCUCGCCGCCUGCCAGGGCGUGCUCCUAUUGGUCGACGCUAAUGAGGGCAUCCAAGCUCAGACUGUGGCAAAUUUUUACCUUGCAUUUGAGGCAGAGCUCGCAAUCAUCCCCGUCAUUAACAAGAUCGAUCUCAAAGCCGCGGACCCGGACCGAGUUGCCGCAGAGAUUGAGAAACUCUUCGACAUUCCGGCCAGCGACUGCAUUAGAGUAUCUGCCAAGUUGGGUACAAAUGUGGAGCAAAUAUUGGAGGCGGUUAUCGACAGGAUCCCUCCCCCCCGCGGGGACGCGACGGCCCCGUUCCGCGCGCUGCUCUUCGCCUCGGAGUUCGACUCGUUCCGCGGCGCGGUGGCACGCGUGAUGGUGCGCGACGGUGCCGUGAGCCGUGGCGACCGCGUGCGCACGCACAGCUCCUCCACCUCCUCGCGGCCGCGCGACUACGAGGUGUCCGACAUCGGCCUCCUGCUGCCCUUGCCCACUCCCACGGCAACUCUGUACGCGGGCCAGGUGGGAUACCUGGUGUGCGGGAUGCGCCAGGUUACCGAGGCCCAGGUGGGCGAUACGCUGCACUCGGCCGCUCACGAGGUGGAGCCCCUGCCCGGGUUCAAACCCUCCAAGCCCAUGGUGUUCGCUGGCAUGUUCCCAUCAGACCAGUCGGAGUACACGUCCCUGCGCUCGGCGCUCGAGAGGCUGACCCUGCGCGACUCCAGCGUCUCCGUGCAGAGGGAGAGCAGCGCCGCCUUGGGAGCUGGUUGGAGGCUGGGGUUCCUGGGCCUGUUGCACCUCGACGUGUUCCAGCAGCGUCUGGAGCAGGAGUACAACACGAGCGUCAUUCUCACGGCACCCACCGUGCCCUACCGCGCCGUGCUCACCUCCCCACGCCUCAUCAAGGAGCAUGGUAGUGCCGACGUGAUGGUGCUGAACCCGUGUGAGCUGCCAGACCGCUCGGUGGUGUCGCACUACUUGGAGCCCAUGAUCACGGGCACCAUCAUCACGCCCGACGCACACAUGGGUGCCAUCAUGAAGCUCUGCCAGGAACGGCGGGGCACGCAGGUGGACGUGCUGUACAUGGACGGCGCGCGCGUCAUGCUGCGCUACCGCAUGCCACUCUGCGAGGUCCUCGUUGACUUUUACGACAUCCUCAAGUCUCUGUCUUCGGGAUACGCCAGCUUUGACUACGAGGAGGCUGGCUACGAGCCCGUGGACAUCGUGCGCAUGGACGUUAUGCUCAACGGGAAACCUGUGGAGGAGCUCACGAACAUCGUACACCGGGACAAGGCACACCUGGUUGGCAAGGAGAUGUGCAUUCGUCUCCGCGACUCCAUCCCCCGCCAGAUGUUUGAGGUCGCGAUCCAGGCCACCAUUGGGUCGAAGGUCAUCGCCAGGGAGACGAUCAAAGCUUUCCGCAAGAACGUCCUCGCCAAAUGCUACGGAGGGGACAUCUCGAGGAAGAUGAAGCUGCUGAAGCGGCAGGCGGAGGGGAAGAAGAGGAUGAGGGAGGUGGGAGGAGUUCCCGUUCCCCGCGGGGCUGUCAUCGCUGUGCUCACCCGCUCUCCCGCUCGCUCACCCGACUGACGAUGGACUCACCUCUACACUCAACCACAUGCUCGCCCAAAUGCUCGCCCACAUGCAUAUCCACAUGCUUACUGACUUACAGAGUGCUCGGCUACACACUCACCCGCACGUUCACACACGCACGCAAACACUUCUUCACUCACCCACACACCUGCUCGACCACACGCUCAACUGACUGACAGCACCCUCGCCCGUACGCUCACCGAGAUGCAAGAUGCAUUGUAAAAUGCAGCCGGGACCUGCACUGCCCUGUGUGUGUCUUCACACACAGCUCAAACGAUGUACAUUAUUACCCCGCAGGAACUGCGUUGUAUGAUAAUAAUGAUAGCAGCAGCUGCUCUGUCGUUGAAUUUAAGGAUUAUUGUGUCGGCCCGAAAGCAGACCUGGUUUCUCGGGGAUUAAAGGCCUAAAAAAAACAA